AUGGCCGGCCCGCUUUCCCUUCUCAGUGGCGCCCCCGUCAUCAUCAUCCGUAAAGAGGGUGCUGACAGACCACCCUGCCUGUCCCUUAGGGCUGACCAUGCGCGCCCGCAAACGGCUGCCGUAAUUGUGUACAAGGUCCGGCAAUUGAGACAAUCACUAACCAGAUCUCGUUUAUCGCAUUAUAGCCAAAGCGAGGUCAGGGAUACCCCUAGUACCCUUCCAAAAGCAUCGAACGUUUCUCGAACAAAGUUGUGCGCCAACCGAGCGCGAGCUUUGCGCAUCAUCCUUCCGCCCCGCCACUGGUUUAUCUCAUGCCUCCCACCCACCGCCUUUGUCCCUGCGCAAUACGACAACAAGCAAAAAAAGAGAAAUAAAUAA